AUGGACUCAGACCUCAUAAAGCUUGUGAAUAAGCUUCAGGACACCUUUGCCAACCUUGGCGGGGAACUCGACAUGCCACAACUAGCAGUGGUUGGCAGCCAGUCUGCGGGCAAGUCGAGUGUCUUGGAGACGAUUGUCGGACGGGACUUUCUCCCGCGCGGAUCAGGUAUUGUCACACGAAGACCACUCGUCCUCCAGCUUAUCCAUACACCUGUCCCCGAGACAACAUCGGGUGGCUUGGAGCCAACAUAUACCGAAUGGGGCCAGUUCUUGCACAUUGACAAACGGUUCACGGACUUCAACGAGAUUCGCCGCGAGAUCGAGCAGGAGACGUUUCGGGUUGCAGGGCAGAACAAAGGCAUCAGCAAAUUGCCAAUACACCUACGAAUAUACAGCCCUGACGUGUUGGAUCUGACACUGGUGGACUUGCCCGGACUAACAAAGAUACCCGUAGGUGAUCAGCCGAGCGAUAUCGAGAGACAAAUCAGGAGUUUGGUGCUGGACUAUAUCUCAAAGCCAAACUGCGUGAUCCUCGCUGUGUCUGCUGCGAAUGUCGACCUCGCGAACUCGGAAGCGCUGAAGCUCGCCCGUUCUGUCGACCCUCAGGGUCGACGAACAAUCGGCGUGCUGACGAAGCUGGACCUCAUGGAUGCGGGGACGAACGCGCUCGACAUUCUCACUGGACGCGUCUAUCCCCUUAAGUUGGGUUUCAUUGGUGUCGUAUGCCGCAGUCAGCUAGACAUCAACGCAUCCAAAAGCCUGCAAGACGCGCUGGAGAGCGAGGCAGACUUCUUCCGGUCACACGCCGCAUACAGAAAUAUUGCACACAAGAAUGGAACCAAGUAUCUGGCCAAGUCUCUGAAUCAGGUCCUAAUGAAUCACAUACGAGACAAGCUCCCGGACAUGAAGGCUCGACUCAAUACGCUCAUGGGCCAGGCUCAACAGGAGCUUAAUUCGUUCGGCGAUGCGGCAGUGUAUGGCGAUAAGAACCAGCAAGGUGCGCUCGUGCUGCGUCUCAUGACACAGUUUGCGCGGGACUUUGUGGCCUCGAUUGAUGGCACCAACAUGGACAUCUCGACGAAGGAGCUAUCUGGCGGCGCGCGCAUCUACUACAUCUUCAAUGAUGUCUUCGGGUCUGCAUUGUGCUCGAUCGACUCGACGCACAAUCUCGACAAUCAGGACAUCCGCACUGCGAUACGCAACUCGACCGGGCCACGGCCGAGCCUAUUUGUGCCUGAAAUUGCUUUUGACCUCCUUGUGAAGCCCCAGAUCAAGCUACUAGAAGCCCCGAGCCUGCGAUGUGUUGAGCUGGUAUACGAGGAAUUGGUCAAGAUUUGCCAUAAUUGCACCAGUACGGAGCUACAACGGUUCCCGAGGCUACAUGCACAGCUUGUCGAAGUGGUCUCCGAGCUACUACGAGAGCGCCUCGGGCCCACAACAGAAUACACGCAAAGUCUGAUCGAUAUCCAGACCGCAUACAUCAACACAAACCACCCUGCUUUCAUAUCAGGAUCUGCGGCUGCGGCACAUACAGUGAGCGCUGCGUCACCAAAACAGGAGCCUAGACGGCCGUCCUCGGUUCACUCGGUGAACGGCGUGGCGCCGCUGGAGGACGAUGAAGAGAUGUCAGAAGAGGGCCUUGGAACGAACGGUGUUGUUCCGCGUGAUGGGCGCUCCAUCUCGUCCACGGUCCACGACCGUGCCCGGACGACUGCGUCUGCGACAGAGGGCCCACCGCGCCGACCGUCCUCUCCCAAAUCUCUUCGUCAUCACCAUCACACUAUCCGGCAGGGUCCCUCUUCCUCGUCACAGCACUCAGGGACCACGAAGGAGACGUUCCUGAACUAUUUCUUUGGCCAGAACGGACCGGGUCCGCUGGCAGGUUCAAGCGUGGAGCGCGCAAGCGGUUCGACGGGCGUCACCACUGUCGGACGCGAUGUCAGCGGCGGAGAUUCAGCGCUGCAGUCAGGGCUACUCGCGGGCAAGCGGAGCCUGGAAGGUAACAAUGCGGCGUUCGACAUGAAGAGCCUGGGGAAGCAUAUUGAAGCGGCGUCCGAUUCAGGCCCCCAGCUGACCCCCCGCGAGGAAAUGGAGACAAAUUUGAUUCGCUCGCUCAUCUCUUCGUAUUUCAACAUCGUGCGUCAGACGAUACAGGACCUGGUCCCGAAGGCGAUUAUGCACUUCCUCGUCAACAACACAUCACAGCAGGUCCAGAACCGACUGGUGGCAGCGCUGUAUAAGCCGGACCUCUUUGGGGAGCUGUUGAAUGAGGACGAGACCUUGGUCGCAGAGCGGACGAGGGUAAAAGCUUUACUGGAUGCGUACAAGGAGGCGUUCAGGACCCUGUCGGAGGUUACGUUGAAGUCUACAUAGGAUAUACAUGACUUGCUUCGCUCAUUGUUACUCGUCUCUGUUAUCGGUUUGUUCAUUGUCUUCGAAGAAGCGUGCAUGCAAUCGUAUAUUAUGCAUGAAGAUUCAUUACAUGGACUCAAA